AUGAUCAUCAACGGCUCCGGCGCCGGCCGCCAGCCCUCAUCCGAAUUGGUGAAUGGCAACAAAACCGAACAAUCGGCUCGCCAUUUUCAUUCCAACUCCAACGAUGUCAGUGCUUUGGAGACGCUUGGUCCCGCAGCCAAGCUAACGGACGCCGACCCUUCUGAAAUCCCGCCUGCAUCAGCUCCCGGCCGGCAGAAUGCAGUCACCAUUAACGACAUCCUGGAAAGACGUGCCAAAGCCGGCAGGCUCAUUGCACCGACCGCUUCUUACUCCGAUAGCGACAUGUUUAAGGGUCCGCAAGUGGGCAAACCUAAAUCCCAGUCUAUGGACCACCACCUCUCCCCCGAAUCCCUCUCCCGCCACCCCUGCGCCCUCAAACAAGCCGCCCGCCACCUCAAAACCCCCGGCCUCAUCUCCCUCGGCGGCGGCCUUCCCUGCGCCGAGUACUUCCCCAUCGAAUCCAUCACCCUCAAAGUGCCUACACCCCCUCACUUCUCCGAAGCCGCCACUGCCUCUUCGGGUGCCGAAGUCCGCAUAGGCAAGUACGACGUCACCGACCCUCUCAUCCAAGGCACCUACGACCUGUCCAUCGCGCUCAACUACGCGCAAGCCACGGGCUCCGCGCAGCUGUCGAGGUUCGUCACCGAGCACACUGAAUUAGUCCACAACCCGCCUUACAGCGACUGGCGGUCCUGCCUGACGGUAGGCAGCACGGGUGCUUUGGAGCAGACUCUUCGCAUGCUCUGCGACGGGCCGGGGAGGGGUGAUUGUUUGUUGACGGAGGAGUAUUCCUUCUCCACGGCUUUGGAGACUGCGAACCCCUUGGGGGUGAAGGUGGUGGGUGUCAAGAUGGACGAGCAAGGGUUGUUGCCGGAAGCGAUGGAUGAGCUUUUGUCCGGGUGGGAUCCCAAGGAGAGGGAGGGCAGGAGGAAGCCGCAUGUGUUGUACACGGUGCCGAGCGGACAGAAUCCUACGGGCGCCACGCAGGGGUUGGAGAGGAGGAGGGAGGUGUAUGAGGUGGCGAGGAAACAUGAUUUGUUUGUGAUUGAGGAUGAGCCGUAUUAUUAUAUCCAGAUGCCGUUGGAGACGGGGGCGACCACGGCCGCAAAAGAAGGCGAAGAGGGCGCAGACGGUGAGGGCAAAGAAGAAGAAGAGACGGUGGAAUCCUUCAUCUCCUCCCUCAUCCCCUCUCUCCUAUCCAUGGACGUCGACGGCCGCGUCCUGCGCAUGGAUUCCUUCUCCAAGGUGGUCGUACCCGGCUCGCGCGUCGGGUGGGUGACGGCCUCGGAGCAGAUCAUCGAGCGGUACAUCCGUCACGCGGAGGUGUGCAACCAAGGGCCCAGCGGCAUCUCGCAGGUGAUCCUGUACAAGCUGCUGGACGAGCAGUGGGGACAUGAGGGGUACUUCAAGUGGUUGAUGAAUCUGAGGGGCGAGUAUACCAAGCGGAGGGAUACCAUGGUGGCGGCGGUUGAGAAGUUCUUGCCGAAGGAGGUGGUGAGCUGGAGUGUGCCGGUUGCUGGCAUGUUUUACUGGCUCAAGGUAGAUCAUACCCAACACCCGGGUAUUCAGGCUGGAAGAACCAUUUUGGAAGUCGAAGAGGAGAUAUUCGACUCUUGCAUAGCAAAGGGCGUUUUGGUUGCUCGAGGAUCCUGGUUCCGCGCUGAACAAGAUACGGAACCAAAUGAGCUUUUUUUCCGUGCGACGUUUGCGGCAGCAACGGCUGAGAACAUGACGGAGGCGAUUAGAAGGUUUGGAGAGGCCGUUAGAGAGAGUUUCAAGUUGUGA